GAGAGCGGGGUCCCCAGCGCGCCGAUCACCUGCACGAACACGACCAGCAGCAGCACGCCCACGAACUUCAGAGCCUCCAUCGUCGCCCCCAAGGGUGGCCCGGGGGGAAAACAGACAAACGCGUUACCGGCCGAGCAGGUCAAGGUCCAAGCAGAUCGCAGUCACGUGUGUUGUGUCCCCUUCUCCAUGGUGCCGUGUGAUUUUCAGCUCAGGUUGUCUUCCUGAAUGACUCUGCGGAUGACAGAGAUGAAAACCGCGAACCCCAAACACUGUUAUGUGCCCAUCCACCUCAAAGAGCACUCGAAGAGGAGAGUCUCUGCGGGCCGGGCAGACGCUGCAGGGGAGCACCGACCCUUCGGCAACCGGCCAUGCUGCACAAACAACCAGAGUGUCACCCGGAGCCCCCAGCACUCGGCCUUCCUGCACCAGAGGAGGAGGCGCCGUCCGUCCACGCCCACCGCUCCGUCCGCGGUGAAGGCCUUUGUUUUCCAGAGGUCUCGGUCUCCAGUCCCAGCGGCUGACCUGCCAGUGGCCUCGCGUCGGCCCCCCAGCGCUGAAGACCAGCUGACCUGCACUGCUGUCAACCCCGAUGAGCCUUUACUGGUUCACAAGCACUCGGUGGAAGAGUACCAGCAGAUCUACCAUGAAGCGGUGGACGAUGUCCUGAGGUGCGUUCGCGUCAAAUAUCAUCCGCCUUUUCAAUCAGAUCUCCAUCACACUUGUCAAAUUGUUCGGAUCUCAGUUUAUAGCCAUUGCAUCUACUUAUUUUUUGGUGUCCUCUGCUCUUCAGGAAUGGCCGGGUGCCUCCAUACAGUUUACACCUCGGGCGUCAAAUCAAAGAGAAGCUGUGGGAGAGACUGGCCCGCCCAGCGUUUGCAGCCACAACGGACGAUGGCGGCCACGUGCAUGUGGGCGUCUCAUACGGGGCUGGAGCCUCCCCUCCCCAUUAUGACAUUGACACUUCCCUGGAACCAGAACCUAAACCAGUGGCCCCCGAACACGAGAGCUGAGAGCCGAAGCCUAAAAUCAGACAGCCGCGGCUCAUCGGGGGGGAGGCAGCGGCUCCUCAGAAAUUUGUGAGGGGGAAAAAAAAAAAAGCGAUGAUAAUAAAACACCAUUUAGUUUA